AUGAAGGUUUCCGCUCUUUCCUCAGCUCUAUUCUGCUUCCAGGCCAAGGAAGCUUGCGAUGGAGUCAAGGCACGAGCCCCUAGCAGUGAGGGCGUCAGCUACAGCCUUGUGUCCGAUUCAGGCCCAUACGCAGGCAUGAUAACGUGUCGGAUGCAGCACCCUCUGGGAUUCUGGUCUAGGGCUAUCUGUGAGGGACAAUACGGAAGCGACUGGCAUGCAGAAUGCAAGCUGGAGUGCAAGAACAAUGGGAAGGAUGUGGUGGACUGCGUGAGAGGUUGA